AUGCUUGCCCCGACAAGCAACCAGCAGGGCAUCAUCCCCUCUGCUCCGGCGCACCCACGGAGAGUACCUGCUCAUAGUUCCGUCAGUUUACGCCGCGUGGAGGAACCGGUGGAUAUUGGGAGAGAUGGCAGCCGGCGGCAGCACUGGAAGGGACGGAGAGACAAUGAUCCUAUUCCACGGCUAGCUUCGACAGGAAGCAAUGAGACGGGCGACUCAGGGGGGAUGACGCCCGACAGAUGGUUUGAUCGCUCUAAUAAGCGUCCGGGCGCGGGACAGAGACCAACAUUUGAUGAUGGUACGCUUCGACAGUGUGCCACUUCUUCUUUACUUGCUAACAAACCUCGAGGAGAACCGCCAUUCCUUCUACCGCACACCACCGCUUCCAACAAUGCUUCAACUCCAAAUGAGCGCUGGAUGCAGGCGCAGAAUAUGGACUAUCAGUUUCCGGCACCGAUCGUGUUACGGUCGACCAACGGGAGCAGUGUCGACGACUAUAGAAGUGUCAUUGAUGAUUUAACUAUCGAAAACAAGAAAUUGCGAGAGAAGUUGCGACGGUAUGAAGCACAGUAUAAUUCUGAUCUGGAGGAGGAUAGAAUACUUGAGCUCAAGUUGCACCGAGACCUACCCUCCGGCAAGAAGCGAGAACUAGAAGAGACCCUUCAAGCGUUUAUAUCGACCGUCGACGGGACUCCCGACAGGAAGCGGCCUAAAUUCGAGAAGACGGCAACACCCGCGCCAGGACCCGCGGUCCUUCCACCAACGGCACCUCAACCUCAAUCUCAAUAUGCUGUUAAAAAAUCAUCAUCCUCGUCGACCUCGAACUCGCGACCGGUGGAUUCAGCGUACGCCUCGAUGUCGGCCUCCGACCCUACAUCGACUUCGGCGUCAAACCGCUUGGGUUCCGGGGCCCGACCUCUGGAUGUAGAGACGAACCAGGCAAAGGCUCAGAAGGUUCAAAAUUUCCUUCAAGAUAUUCCCGAAGGGCUACUACCAAAGAACUCACAUACGAUGACCGAGAGGCAGAGGAAGAAAAUGGUGGUGAAGCGGUUGGAACAAUUGUUUACCGGAAAAGUCAUUGGUACGAUUGGGGACCACAAUCAACCAAUGCAGCAACAAGCGAUCUCACGUGCAGCAACCGCCGAGCAAGGCAUCAAUCAAAGAUGGUUACCUACGGAAGGGAAUCGUGAGGCUCAAAUUCACUCCAUGGACCCUGCUGUGGAUGGUGUUCCGCAACUAGAAAGUCAUGAUUCAACCGGCUCCGGAAUUUCAUCGGAUCCCUCCUCAAGAUCGUCACCAGCACAGCGUCCCACCCGGCCUUUGGAUUUAGAUCCUGAUCGUGCUCAGGAUCCAUUGGAUAAUGUGGAGUAUAUCAGACACCUUGGGCUUUCCACUCCGCAGUUGAUCACCAACGAUGCUUCAGAUGCUGAUGCUGAUGCACCCAAUAUGGGAUGGACGCAUCUCAAUCUUCUUUACAACAUGGCACAACUUCAUAUGAUAAACGUAACGCUCGACUUUGUUCGGUCUGCUGUUGCCGAUGUCAGUUCCAAACUUCAACUAUCUCCUGAUGGGCGGGAGAUUCGAUGGCGAGGCGGUUCGGAGGGUACUCGACUGAGCAGUGAUAGUGACCGUAGUCGAGGAAAGGUUCACUCUCCCUCUGAUAGUGAUAGUUGCGAGGAAUCGCACGCCAAGAGGAGAAAGACAGACAAUUUUGCUGUGCGCAUCCAACCGCAGGGCAAGCCUGGUCCUGACCAUCAAACGGAGCCUGCUCAGUCCGAAAUGCGUCCAUUCCAAUACAAGCCGUUAUUUCGCCAUCGAAACUCAGACGAUGAUCUGGCUUCCUCGGAUAGCAACACCAGCGUAUCUUAUCCUCCACGAAGCGGGGCUGGAAAGUCCUGGCAGGCUAACCUUCGGGAUUCAAAUUCGAGAUCAGCCUCCUCCUCAAAACGUCGACGUGAAGGGGGUCCGAUGGUGUUUUACUCUGGAACGAAAUUUUGCACCGAUUUAUCUGGCGACCGAGGAAACAUUUCAACUCCACGCCAUUUCACCAGUGUUGACAAGGAUGGUUUCAGCAAGUACGCCCAGGGAGUAAUAGGAUGUCCUACACAAAAACCUCAUGCGCCGCUCAAUCGUACGCCCUCGGGGUCCUUGAUUCCAUACAGGCCACUGGAAGACCACUCACGCCUUUCCACAUUUCUACAUAAGCCAGAGCCAGAACCACUUUUCUUCGGGAAUGGUGCAGCAGGUUCCGAGUUGUCUUGGGACGAAGCGCGCCCAAUGUCGUCCUGCGAGUCCACUUUGCAGCACUUCGAUGCUUGUGGUUUAGGCGGCACACGUCCUGCAGAUCACUUUGCUCUGACAGUAACGACGCGGGUGUCACGCGUCCAUGCUGGAGUUUACAAGAAGGCAUCAAAAUAUUCCGCAACAAGCCCAGGUGCGCUGAAAUACAAGCAUAGCAUUCCGAGAGAAUCGCUCGAGAUCUUUCGUAAGAUUGAGCAGGAUCAUAUUACUGCGAGACUAGCUUCUCUAAAUACGUACUCUUCCCCCCCUCCCAUGUCGCCCCAACAGCGCGAAGAUCUACCUGUGAAGACCGAAGUUCUCUCAACAAUCCUAAAGCCACUCAGCCCUUCCGAGUUACCAGGAGCGACAACAUUCUUCAGCGAUACAUCUAGUUCUGGAGAAGGAGACUCGGACUCCGACGACUCUUAUGAAGGAGUCUCCCAUUUACGAGAUGAACAACCUAUGAACUUUCAGCAACAGAUGGACCUCGGUCUGGUAGCAACUCCACGCUCGUCUAACGUUAUGGAUAUUGACGAAGCGGCGGAAGAUCGCGAAGAAAGCGGAGAUGAAGAAAGCAGUGGCGUGUACGAGGAUGAUGAUGAAAGUAUCGAUAUGCUUAUUCAUGCUAGAGAAGCAGAUCCGCAGCUUUUAGCCGCGCAGGAAAAGGAGUUUGAGGAGGAUGUCAGCCGUCGCUUGAUGGAAUCAUUACCAAUGGAAGGCUCAGCGGCAACAGUUGAUGGUGGUUGUAGUACCGCGGACUCGUACAGUAGUUGGUGA